GCUAAAAAAACAAACAAAUAAAAAAAACCCCGCAAUUUUCUUAUUGGUAGCUACAAACACGCAUCUCCUCCCUCUAUUCUCACCAGGUGAGGGUGUCGUUAAUAAGUCAUUACUGUCCGGUGACUUUUUUUUUUUUUUAUCCGCUUUGACCACUUGGAGGCUCCCAGCAGCCUUACUAUGCGUCACUUCGCCUCUCUCAGUCGUUGAUCAUGGCGGAGCCGGAGCCACAGCGCGAAGUGGAGCCUCAACUUCUCAAUGGGGACGACUUGAACGACGAAGAAAGAGAGGACGCGGACGCCGGCGAAGCGGUGAAGAAAAAGAGAAGGAAGAAGAAGAGGAGCCGGACGAGCGGGCCAGUAUGUGACUUUGCAGCAGGGACAAACGAAGCCGAGGGAGACUCUGGAGAAGCCGGAGGUGUCGGCGAAGUGGCAGUGCAGCUGGAGCGGCAAACCUUGGAGGAGAAGGAGAGGCCCGAGGAUGCGGAGGAAGAUGGCGAUGAAGGGGAAAACUCAGCUGUCAAAAAGAAGAGGAAGAAGAAGAAGAAAGGAGCGAAGGGACAGACUGACCCUCCCUCAGUACCUAUUUGUGAGCUCUAUCCCAACGGGGACUUUCCAAAGGGAGAGGAGUGUGAAUACCCCCCAUCGAAAGACGGGCGUAGCGCCGCGUGGCGGACCACCAGCGAGGAGAAGCGGGCGAUGGACCGAGCCAACGAGGAGAUGUGGAGCGACUUCAGGCAGGCGGCCGAGGCCCACCGACAGGUGCGCUCCUACGUCAGGAGCUGGAUAGAACCAGGGAUGGCCAUGAUCGAUAUCUGCGAGAAGCUGGAGGAUUGCUCCAGGAGGCUCAUCAAGGAGGACGGGCUGAGUGCCGGCCUGGCGUUUCCGACGGGCUGCUCCAUCAACCACUGCGCUGCCCACUACACCCCCAACGCCGGAGACCCGACCGUGCUGCGCUACGACGACGUCUGCAAGAUCGACUUUGGCACGCACAUCAACGGUCGAAUAAUAGACUGCGCAUUCACCGUCACUUUCAAUCCAAAGUACGACAGACUGCUGGAGGCUGUGAGGGAUGCGACAAACACCGGCAUCAGGUGUGCAGGAAUCGACGUGCGCCUGUGCGACGUCGGCGAGACCAUCCAGGAGGUCAUGGAGUCUUACGAAGUUGAGAUAGAUGGAAAAACGUAUCAAGUGAAGCCAGUCAGAAACCUGAACGGCCAUUCGAUUGGACAGUACAGGAUACACUCAGGGAAGACUGUUCCCAUCGUAAAAGGUGGCGAGGCGACCAGGAUGGAGGAAGGUGAAGCCUACGCCAUUGAGACGUUCGGCAGCACCGGACGAGGCGCCGUCCACGACGACAUGGAGUGCUCUCACUACAUGAAGAACUUCAACGUUGGACACGUGCCGAUCAGACUACCAAGGGCUAAACACCUGCUGAACGUGAUCAACGAGAACUUCGGCACGCUGGCUUUCUGCCGCCGCUGGCUGGACCGCCUGGGUGAGAGCAAGUACCUGAUGGCGCUGAAGAACCUGUGCGACCUCGGCAUCAUAGACCCGUACCCGCCUCUGUGCGACAUCAAGGGCAGCUACACCGCCCAGUACGAGCACACCAUCCUCCUCAGGCCCACCUGCAAGGAGGUAGUGAGCCGAGGAGACGACUAUUAAGGCAUGCGGCUAUUGAGACCCUCAGGCGAAACCCGGAGGAGCAUGGCAGCUGAGCGACGCCCAACGUCUCCAGACUGACAGCAGUUAUGCAACAUCCCUCUGCCCCAAACUUUCCACAGCUCCAGCCCGUUUAGGUGCAGCGUCUCGCAAAAGUAUUCAUGUCUUUCGAACUCGUUCGCGGUUUGUUGUGUUACAACCACAAACUUCAUCGAUUUGGUGAACAGGAAUGUUUGCCAAAUAAACAUCUGAAAAGAAAAGAGCGGCGUUUUUUUUCUUUUUUUUUUUCUUCAGUUAUUGAACCAUCUUUUUGCGGCAAUUGCAGCUCCAAGUGUGGCUCUGCUGGCUUUGCACGACUACAGAAUAACAUUUUUUGCCCAUUUUGCUUUGCCGAUUAGCUCAGGUUCAGUCAGACUGGAUGGAUAAUGUCUGUGAACAUUACAUUUCAAGCCUGGCCACAAUUAAAUAAUCUGACCAUUCUAGUAUGGGGGGUAAGCGUUGAUCAAAAUUGCAGCUCUGGCUUUACAUAUAUUGUACUGCUGGUGUUCAACUAAUAAUCGGCCACCAUCAACAUAUUUUCCCAUAUGAGCUAUGGAGCUCUGCAGCUCCUCCAGAGUCACAUCUUUGAUUGAAGGACUUUACACACUCAGUCUCACAGCUUGUUCUUGCCACUCAUUUGUUCCUGAUAUUAAAUUGGACGGAACUUUAUUCAAUACUUUGGGAAAACAUUUGCACUUGACUUUAUUUUGGGGUUUUAGAGUAAAGAGGGACAAAUACAAAAGUAUGCCACAAUCUUUUUUUCAUUUUAUUUUUGAAAAAAACAACAACAAAAAAACAACUUUAAAGCCAUGCAUCAUUUUUCCUUCAGCUUACCUUGUGUUGGUCUAUCACAUGAAAUCCCAAUAAGUAGAUUGAAGUCUGUGGCGGUGAUGUGAAAAAGUUCAAGUGGAACUUCUGCAUCACACUAACUGUAGCAAAGCAAAAACCUCGUAAAACGAAGGAAACUUACUAGCAAUUUUGGUUUUCUUCUAAAGAUCAAGCCAGCAG